AUGUCACUAUUCAGAACAAUAUCACGAUCAGUCAGAGGUAUAUUCUCCACAGUUUAUCUAGGUCUAAUCAUCUUAACCAUCCCUCUUGCAUUCGAUGUAGGAGGUGUGUACUGUGGUUUAGCAUUCUCAUUGACAACAUUAGUGACUUAUUUUAUACUUACAACAAUUAGAAUAGCGGUUAGAAGAACUCGCUACUUUCAAUGGAUUUCAAUUAUUUAUUAUUGUCAACAUUUCUUUAUACCUAGUUUGUUGACUUAUUUUUUAAGUUAUUAUAGUAAUGGCGUGACACCAAAUGAAUCCAAAUAUAAUCCAAUCAUGAUCUGGAAACUAAUCUUGAUCAAUUCCACUCCAUUGUUUACUAUUUUAGAAGGAUUCUGUUCGUUAUUGUUAAUUCAAGCAGUUGGACAAACAGUCAAUUGGUUGACACUUUAUAAAUCAGAUUCGUGGUUGAUCUUGUCCCUUAUUGGAAGUGGAUCGGUGAUAACUGCCUCAUUUUAUUUCUUGUAUCGAAUUUAUGUUUUGCCAUUUGCAAUUGAUAUGUUUAGUGCUUCAUUGUUGGGAUCGUUACUCACAACAACUUUGGGGUUAGGAUUAUUUGGUAUAGUAAGUGGUAAAGGGUCCAUGAUUGAAUCGUCAUUGUUAUUUGCUUAUAUUGUCAAGUGUAUUUAUGAGACGUUCCCAAUAUUAUCUGAAGGAGCUUCACAAGCAUUAACAAACUUGUUCAAUUUAACUACUCAAAACUUGAAGAAGGAAAUUCCAAAAAUCCCACCAUCUAUUCUCAAUCCAAUUUCGGAAGUUGUUCCAUUCUUGGCUUCAACUUUACCAAGUUCAUUCAAAGGGGUUUGGAAGUUUUUAAUUAUGGCAAUUCAAACUUUAACUUUACCUUUAUUAUUAAAUUUGGCCUACAGAAUUGGAGUCUUUUAUGCAGCAACAAAGAUUAUUCCAAGUUUAUACCAAUCAAUUUCUUACCCAUCAGUGACACCACCAAAGACACCCCAAACAUCAUCACGCCAACCAUCAAGUGUUUCAUUAUCACAUUUAACUGAUCCAAAAUCACCUACAUCAUCAUCAGUUUCAAGUAUAUCAUCUUCUAAACCAAAUUUGAGAUCUAAAAAAUCAUUCCGUCUCAAACCACCACAUCAUCAACCACCUUCAGUAAUAAUACGACUCAUAUAUGCCUAUGCUCCAAUUUUGAUAAUAGCUGUGUAUACUCAUUUAAUGCUAUCAUAUAAUGGUGAAUUAGGUACAGAAUUACAGCUCUGGCCAAUUUGGAAUAGUACCACUAGUAAUAGUCAGGAUAAUUUCCAAAUAAUUGUACAUCCAUGGCAAUUUUGGAAUUGGAUUAAUAUGGGUACUACAUUAAUUCUAUAUGCUGCUGAAUUACUGAGUAACGACAACUCUUCAGGAGGUGGUAAUAGUUUAACUAGUCAUUGGAAAGUAGAGUAA